AUGGGUCAAACCCGUUUGGCACCGUGCAAACUGGCCCAGGGCAGGACUGUGACUUCAGCCAAAUCUAAUGAUGGUGUGCGAGCGAGCGCUCACUCCCACUCUGCAUACAGUUUAAGAGCAACACCUAUAAAACUUCAUUAUGCUGCUGCUGUAAUGGGGUUCAGGAAAGUACUCCGGGAGCUGACAAAAGAAGGGGCCUCUCAGCGUGAGCCUGCUGGCUCCACCACCACCACCGGCCCUGUGACUGCUGCGCACAACUAUGCAGCGCUCUACCUGCUCCUGCUCCCCGUGCACGUCACUCACGCAGGCAUCCUCCAAUCGCCGGGCGCGUGCGCUCCGAGCCUCAACCUGUGCGCGAGCCUGUGCCUGUGGAUUACGGCGAUGACGAGCCCCGGGAGCGUGUGCGCGAGGAAGCAGGACGACUCUUUCUUCACAGCCAGCAUUUACCGAGCGAGAUGCGCCUCGAGAUGCCUCAGCCUGCACAUCACUCGCAUCUCCGCCUUCUUCAAGCACUCUCAGAAUAAUGGGUCCUUGGUGUGGUGCCAGAAUCACAAGCAGUGCUCCAAGUGCCUGGAGCCCUGCAAGGAAUCCUGGGACCUGAAGGAAAACCAGUGCCAAGAUUUAUGCGAGCCACUCUUUCCCAAGAAGCACUACGAGUGUCUUACGAGUUGUGAGUUCUUGAAGUCGGUAGAGGGCGUGAAGCAGGGCGACUGCCCGGCCCCGGAGAAGGCCAGCGGCUUUGCUGCGGCCUGCGUGGAGAGCUGCGAGGAGGAUGGAGAGUGCUCAGCGGUCAAAAAGUGCUGCUCCAAUGGCUGUGGCCACACCUGCCAGAUGCCCAAGAAUCUCUACAAAGGUGUCCCUCUGAAGCCCAGGAAGGAGCUGGUGUUUUUGGAGCAGCCGUCAGGUCAGCUGGAGAUCCGCUGGUCCUCCAAGUUCAACAUCUCGGUGGAGCCGGUCCUGUACGUGGUGCAGCGGCGCUGGAACUACGGCAUCCACCCCAGCGAGGACGACGCCACGGAGUGGCAGACCGUGGCCCAGACUCCAGAGGAGCGCAUCCAACUGGCUGACAUCAGAGCCAGCAGAUGGUACCAGUUCAGAGUUGCAGCGGUUAAUGUCCACGGGACUCGAGGCUUCACUGCACCCAGCAAACACUUCCGCUCCUCCAGAGAUCCAUCCGCCCCUCCCAGUCCGACCAGUCUGCGCGUCACCAACAUAACAAUGGGAGAUGAAGGCCUGAUGAAAGCACGAGUCAACUGGACUCUGUCAGAGGAGCCCGACAUUCCCAUACAUCACUACAAAGUGUUUUGGAGCUGGACUGUACCCACCAAGUCCAUGGUGCCAUCAAAGAAGAAAAGGAGAAAGACCACCAAUGGGGCCCAGAGCUGGGUGGACCUGGAGGGACUGCAGCAAGACUGCAGCUACACCGUGGAGCUGCAGGCUGUCACGUACUGGGGACAGGUGCGUCUGAAGAGCUCCAAGGCCUCUCUACACUUCACCACUGCCCAGAAUAACGAUUCAGCGAAAUCUGUGCUCAAACUAAAGAAGGAGGAGAUCCCCCCUCUUGCUUCGACCCUGGCCAAACGCCCCUCUGGCCCUCUCGAAGUGGGCACACCCUUCUACCAGGAUGGUCAGUUGCAGGUCCGCGUCUACUGGAAGAAACGGGGAGACCCCACUGUGAGCCGUUACCAUGUCCAGUGGAUGCCCGAGUACUGCAGUCACAACGAGACACGAGGACCGGAGAAAUCUGUCACACAGGAGAACUACAUCAACCUCCCAGGUCUGCUGUUUUCCUGCAAGUACAAAGUCACUGUUCACUUGCUGAAGUCCAAAAGACGCUCAAAGGACGAGAGCACCACCUUCCUGACCCCAUCCUGCGCCACCAUCCGGAGCAAGACUCACAAACACAUCCCCUGCCCGGGAGAGGGAGCCUCGGGGCCUCCAAAGGUUUUGGCCAAGCCGGAGAACCUAACGGCCUCUUUCUCCAUCAGUGAAGGGAACAUCACCGGCAGCUUCCUGUGGAGUGUGUCUCGUUUGGCUCCUCAUCAGCGAAUCACAGGCUUCCAGGUCACGUGGGCCGAGAUAAACACUGAAAGCCGGCAGAACAGCCUGCCCAACAGCAUUAUUUCCCAGUCCCAGAUACUGCCUCCAGAUCAUAACUCGCUCGUGGUGUCCAACCUGCGGCCGUCCACCUACUACAGACUGGAGGUGCAGGUCAUAACAACUGGAGGAGAAGGUCCGGCCACCGUGAAGACCUUCCAGACCCCGAGCAUACUGCCGGUCAUACAACACCGUCCCAGACUCCGACAACACCACCCUCAUCAUCAGAAACCAUCAGUGGAGAGACACUGAUUCUGUAAAUGGAGGUGACCCCAUCAGGGAGACGUACCGGUGGCUCUCUGCUCCAGUCUGCCAGGGAAGGAAUGUGUGGAACCAAACAGAAACACGGCGAACUGACAACCCCACCCCCACUCAUAACAUACGGGUCUAUCUUCUCCAGACCCCACCACACGUCAGCUUUUUCCUCUCAACUCCUCUCUCUUGACUUAGAUGUCACCCGGCGGGGUUGUGUGUACAUUGACAUUUAUCCUUGCAAAAUGUCUCAUAUUCCGAGUCUAUUAGUGCCGAGCUCCCCAACUCAUACCAGACCUGUAAGGAAGCGAUGACAUUUCUGGUAAAAAGUACGAUCCAAGGACUCUGCUAUUUGUUGUGAUCCCGCUGUCUCUGUGCACAACAAAAAGACCUUUAAUUGAAUUUGGUAAAUGCAAACAAGAAACACAGUUACUCUUUGGGAACUUGAUGAUCGUUGGAUGGCAAAAAAACCCUGAAGUUUUUGUUAAUUCAUGAAGAAAGAAAAUGAAAAGCCCUUCUAUUUAUUUUGCGUUACCCAUUAAAAAGGCGCUUAGACAUACAGUCUGUACUGAUGGAUAAUGUAACUAAAGUCAUUGUUGUCUAACCCAGAAUAUUUCACUUAGUAUGUUGCAUGUAGUACCUUUGAUUUUAGAGCUGUAAAUGAAUUACUGGCUUCAAAUUGAACGCUUGCAAUGGUUUUGCAUGACAACCUUUAGCAUUCUGUUGGCAUGAAUUAACAUCUGUGUUACCUCUUUUCAAUAUGUUAGCAAUCUUUCAUUAACAGAUUAACAAAGAAAUAUAUUGGAAGUAAUAUGUAAUGUUUAUUAAUGAAUUAUAACUUUGCGUGGAAAUGAUGAAUUGUACAUGUUCUUGGCUGUAGAAAUAUUUGUUGUGGAGCAGUCAGUGAAUGUCUAUAUUUAUUUAUGUGUGUAUUACAAGGUUUGGUUUGGAUGUGUGUGAAUGUGUAUGUUUUGUGUGCUGUAGUCCCAAUUUUUUUUGACCUGCAAAAAAAAAGAAAAGAAAAAAAAUCUUGUAAAGACAUUUUGUAAAAAUGGAAUUGUAAAUACAGUCUUAUGUUACAUGUUAUUUUUCCAUGGUAGAAACUGUACAAACUAAGUAAUAAAAUAACCCUUAACCCGU